AUGUCUGCCGUUGAAGGUGAUGAAAAUGAAUCAUCAGCAAAUGCUUUGAAUUCUGCAGGAAAUAAUGAAGACAAUACAGGUUCAGCACGUAGUGGCGCAACGAACGAUUCGGAAGACGGUUCCAAAGUAGUUUUCCUUCUUAAAGCAGCUGGCGGUGCACCGAUUUUAAAGAAGAAAAAAUGGGCUUUACCGCGCGCAAGAACCAUGGGCCAUAUUGUAGAAUUUUUAAAGAAAUAUAUGAAACUUGAUGCUCAACAGCAACAGCAAUUAUUUCUCUAUGUGAAUCAAUCAUUUGCACCAGCGCUUGAUACAACGAUUGGGUCAGUGAAUGAUUGUUUCAGUAGUGAAGGAACACUUGUCUUACAUUAUGCAUUGACCCAAGCUUGGGGAUAA